AUGCUGCUGUCCAAACCCAGCAGGAAUGGUUUCUGCAUCCUUCACAGAACACACUGGUAAGGAGCAUGGACUAUUUACAUCAACUCUGUGUUCUUGUGAAAGGACAUUUUGAUCUUUAACUUGCUAUACACGGUUGACAUCUUUCCUUUCUGUUUUCACCUCUCAAAAUCCUGACAUGGACUCAAAAAGCUGCUGCCUGUGGGGUUUUUGGCAAAUGAGUCAGGCCGAAAAAUUGCGAAAGUAAAUAAAAAACAAUAGUGUUUUUAUUGGAACAAUUGGCAAAUAGAGGGCAAGCUCCUAAGUGCAUAGGGCUCUUCUCUAAGGUAAGGAAGGCUUAGAGACACUAUAGUAGGAAAAGCUCUAGUGUGGAAAGUUGUUGAGUUUCUUAGGAAAUAAAAUUUCAUGGCUGACAUUCCUCCCUCAGAUUGUUUCUUGGUCCCAAAGAAAAGCAGAGAGGUUGAAAGGGGAAACCAAGUUUCCAACACACACAGGGAGAAAAGGCUUCUGUAAUUAAAAAAAUGCUGUAUUUUUACUAAUAAAAGUUCAUUUCAAGCUAAGGCCUUUUUGCUAUUCCUCCCUCUCUAGCUCUAUUCAAUAAUUUCCACUCAAAUUGGCAAUUUAAACCCCCCAUCCAGUCACCUGCUACCAAGUCUCUUCCUUUCCAGCAGGCAGUAUUGCCCCUAUGGCCUGAAAAGAAGCAAAAAGACCUUGCAAAAAGACCUUACCUGAACUUUCCUAAAGAGCCUUUCCGGAGUAUUUGUUUUGGCUCCUUACCCAGUUGUAUAUGGACUCUAAUCUUAUCUCCAAGUGCAUCACUUCCCUUUCAAUGUGACUUCUGCUUCUAUGAUCCUAGGCAAAGGAUCUAGGUAGGGAGACUCCUUUUAUUAGGUUUAUAAUUCCCUCUACCUUGCGUUGAGUGGAGGCAGGAGUUAAAGAUUAAUCACCGGUUGACCUGAGUGGAAAUAGGCUACCUAUGCUCUUGGUGUCUAGAAAUCCCAGCAAAAAAAUGUAAUUAUCUCAAUCUCACAGGGGGUUUUUUGGGGGGGUUUUUUAGGAUUUGUUUUGAAAAUCUGUGAAUUCAAAAUGUGGGAUGAUAUUCAACUAAAUAUUUGUGCUAGCGCAUGGAUUAGCUGUACCACAAUGGGAUUUCUACCUUCUCCCCACUCUGUCCCCCUCCUGCCAUCACAAAACCUGCUACAAAGGGUUAGGGGGAACCCCCAGAUCAGAUUUAGGGGGUGCGCAGAGGAAGAAGAGGUGGAGAAUGUCCCAAAUUCUUUUUCUGGACAGAAUGUUUUGCUUAGCACUACAUUGAGGACAACCCUUGGGAUUUAUUUCUAUUGAAAAAAAUGUUUAGGCUGCUUAAUUAUAAAAUUUCCUAGGUUGUACACACAAUAUUAUCAGUAAAACACAUGUAGAAUCAGAAUAUAGAUUCUUAUAGACUAUAGAAUCAGAAAAACUGUUUGAAGCAAAAAAUACAUAGCUAAAUGAUAUGUCUGGGUAGGCUUGCCGUAAUGAAAAAAUCAGCAGGCAUCUAAAACAUGGUGGUGAGGGUACCUGCCUAAUGAAUUGCUGGGGGGGGGGUAAAGGAGGCGAAUUUGGGAAGUAUAUGAAUGUUGCAGUUUCUGUGAGGGUAGCAGGUAAGGACAAUGAUCAGGUAGCUUUGCAGGGUGCUGAUAAUCUGCCCCACAGGAAUUGCCAUCCUGUUCUGACUCUUAAGAGAAGUGGCAGGCCUGUUUUUAUAAACAGUUACCAUAAGGCUCUAGAAAGCUUCCUUAUUUUAUAUGUCAGGUCUGGAAUUUGCCAAAUAACACGCUGCAUGUUGCAAUUGCAGGCACACACUCUUUUUUAGAAAAAGAGAAAGGCACCUUUGCCAAGGAGUUAAGAAUGGCAGCCUGGAAGCAGAACAAACUGCACUUGUUUUCCUUUCUGCUUUGGCAAACAUUUUCUAGGUUACUUGCCCACAGUCUUUCUUUAGGGAAGUUUAGGGAAGUUUUUAAUGUUUGAUCUUUGUAAUAUCCUGUUGGAAGCCGCCCAGAGUGGCUGGAGAGGCCCGGCCAGAUGGGCGGGUUAUAAGUAAUAAAUCAUCAUCAUCAUCAUCAUCAUCUUUUUAAGUUCCCUCCCUGUGUGUGAAGUGGGAAUAUUGCAUUUGUCAGGCAAGGUUGCUCUUAAGGGAAGGUACAGAUUCCUUUGAUUAUGUUGUUGGGAUCCUGGAAGACAGACCCUGCGCCGCCAUAGCAAAUUAAUAAUAAUAAUAAUAAUAAUAAUAAUAAUAAUAAUGGGCGGCUUCCAUAGAAACCAAAAAUACAGAAAAAUAUCAAAUGUUAAAAACUUCCCUGAGCCUUAAGAUGUCUUCUGAAUGUCAGGUAGUUGUUUAUCGCUUUGACAUCUGCUGGAAGGGCGUUCCACAGGGCGGGCGCCACUACCGAGAAGGCCCUCUGCCUGGUUCCCUGUAGCUUUGCUUCUCGCAGUGAGGGAACCGCCAGAAGGCCCUCAGAGCUGGACCUCAGCGUCCGGGCAGAACGAUGGGGGUGGAGACGCUCCUUCAGGUAUACUGGACAGAGGCCGUUUUCCUCCCCUGUCCCGCUCUGCAACUUAUUUCUGCAUUUUCUUCCCGUGUCCUUUUCCUGUAUGUCUCUUAAGCCUGCAGGUAAUGACACUGCUUAAAACUUCAGAAUCAUAGAACAGUGUUUUUUAACACGUCCGAAGUACAGUGGUGCCUCGCAAGACAAAAUUAAUCUGUUCCGCGAGUCUCUUCGUCUUGUGGUUUUUUUCGUCUUGCGAAGCACGGCUAUUAGCGGCUUAGCGGCUAUUAGCAGCUUAGCGGCUUAGCAGCUAUUAACGGCUUAGCGGCUAUUAACGGCUUAGCGGCUUUAAGAAAAAGGAAACAAACUCGCAAGAACUCGCAAGACGUUUCGUCUUGAGAAGCAAGCCCAUAGGGAAAUUCGUCUUGCGGAACGACUCAAAAAACGCAAAACCCUUUCGUCUAGCGAGUUUUUCGUCUUGCGAGGCAUUCGUCUUGCGGGGCACCACUGUAUAUGCUGUAGAUAUCUUCUCUUUUAAGGUUUUGGCCUGCUUUGGUUACAGGUUGAGAGAGAUGCCUUGGAGGCCCCACCCUCCAGCCUGCAUGGCUUGGACAACCUCUCGCAACCAUGGCACUUGGAACGAUGCUGGCAGCACAAGGCGCAGGGUCAUGGUAGCAGCAGGGGCCGGGCUGGGCCUAGGCACCAUCUUGGCUUAUGGAGAUCACCGUCGGCGGGUGAGUGGGGCCGCUUGGGGAAGUGGGAUGUGUAGUGGGUGUUGGAAAAUUCCACUCCACCUUUAGUUGCAGACAUGGAACUGUUGCAUGUCACGUGUCUGUUUACAUACCAGCACAGCUUGCUGGGAACUUCCGUUGCGUGUAUAGCUUUUGCUCUUUCCCUGUCUCUCAAAGAAAGCAAAGAGAGAGACAACAUGUUUCUUUGUCCUGAUUUAUAAUUAAUAAAUCCGUAGUUGUAGUAUGCUUCCACAAGCCUCACGCCUAUUCUGUGUGCGCAGUUCGCUCUGCUGACAUAGUAUGCCCUGGCUUUGAAGCCUGGGUUGCUGAUAUACGUCGGAGCAGCAGCCGAUGGGUCUUCGUAGCGGGACGGCUGGAAGGAGACAACCCAGCUGGCCUUGCGACCCUCUGCGUGCCGGCAGUGGGAUGUGAAGAGCUAAACGUUGAGAGCUGGGCUGUUGUACAAAAAAAGAUCUUGGCACUGUGCCUGAACUUAAACUUGCAAGCAGCAAGGUAGGAGAUGAUAAACGUAAGACUGCCAGUCCCACUUGCAGCUCCCAGAAAAUGGUAUUCCUGGGCUUAUUGCCUCCAACAGUGGAGAUAUAAUGUAGCCAUUAUAGCUUGUACAGUCAUACCUCGGGUUGAAGUUGCUUCAGGUUGAGCGCUUUCAGGUUGCACUCCGCGGAGACCCAGAAGUAAUGGAAUGCGAUACUUCCGGGUUUCGCCGCUCGCACAUGCGCAGACAGUCAAAAUGACGUCAUGCGCGGAAGCGGCAAAUCGCAACCCGUGCACGCGCAGACGUGCGUUGCAUUCGCUUCAGGAUGCGAACGGGGCUCCGGAACGGAUCCUGUUCGUAUCCAGAGGUACCACUGUACUCCAUUGAUCCUCCAUUAAUUUAUCUCAACCUUUUUGAAAGUCAUGGAAGUUAGUGACCAUCACUAGGCCUUAUGAAAACAAACUCCUGGAUAUAGCAAUGUCUGAGCGUCUCACCAGAUCCAGGAGGGGUAGUUAAAGGCCUAACAAAUAGAGACGCCUCCCAAGAAACGUGAACCCCUUUCUUUAACAAUGUUAAUGACCAAAAUCAAGACCUUCUUAUACCAACUGCUCUAUAUUCUCAGUGGAGGGGCUACGUUAAGUAAUAUGCAUGAAUGUGUAAGCGUAUGUCUAGAGACAAAGGAUGAAACACCCGCCCUUAGAUGUACUGCUGUUUCGUGGUUAUUGUGUUUGUAUUUGUUUAAAAACUGCUUAAGAAAAGGAAACAAACUCAAUAGUUCAACUGUGGUAUGACAGGCUUCUUGUGUAAAUAAGUGAGGCUCUUUGAUCAUGGCAAAAGGGUGCUCAGGUCUGCAAAGAGCCCCUUGUUUCUCCUUUCUUAAUGGCUUUCCCCUCUUGCUUCCCUACAGGCAGCUGAGCCUGAGACUCCAGCACCCGCAGCUGGAGCCCCAUUUCCGGUCUUUACCCGGAAGGAGGUGGCUCGCCACAACAGCGAAGAGAGUCGGGUGUGGGUGACCUACGGCAGCGACGUUUUUGACAUCACAGACUUCGUAGAGGUGCAUCCUGGAGGCAAAAGUAAGAUCCUCCUGGCGGCGGGGGGCGCUCUGGAACCGUUCUGGGCCCUCUACGCCAUGCACAAGCAGGAACACGUGCUGGAGAUCCUCCGCGGGUACAAAGUGGGGGAGCUGAGCCCCGAGGAGCCUCCGCAGCCAACCCCGGGAGACCCAUACGCCGAGGAUCCCCAGCGGCACCCCGCCCUGCGGAUCAACACCUUGAAGCCCUUCAAUGCAGAGACCCCCCCGGAGCUGAUUGCCGAGAACUACCUGACUCCCAACGCGCUCUUCUUCAAGCGCAACCACUUCCCCGUGCCCGUGGUGGACCCCGCCACCUACCGGCUGCAAGUACAGAGUUCCGGCGGGCGGACGAUGUCCCUAUCUCUGCAGGACUUGAAGAGGAGAUUCCCCAAGCACGAGGUGACCGCCACCCUGCAGUGCGCCGGCAAUCGCCGGUCCGAGAUGAACGCGAUCAAGAACACCAACCGGCUGGGCUGGGGCGUCGGGGCCAUCAGCAACGCGCGCUGGGGCGGGGCCCUGCUUCGGGAUGUCCUGGCGGAAGCCGGGUACAGACCCAGCGACGAGGGGCACGUCUGUUUUGAGGGACUGGACAAGGAUCAGAGCGGCACAGUUUACGGGGCCUCCAUCCCUUUCAAGAAGGCCAUGAGUCCCGACGGGGACGUCCUCUUGGCUUAUGAGAUGAACGGGGAGGAGUUGCCCCGGGACAACGGCUUCCCCCUCCGAGUCAUUGCGCCGGGGAUAGUCGGCGCUCGUAACGUCAAGUGGCUGGCCCGGAUCACGGUGGGCCCGGAAGAAAGCCAGAGCCAUUGGCAGCAGAAGGACUACAAAGGAUUCUCCCCUUCCGUGACGUGGGACAACGUGGACUUCUCCAGCGCCCCUGCCAUCCAAGAUAUGCCCGUGCAGUCGGCAAUCACCGAGCCGGGCCCGGGUGCCUGCGUCUGCCCCGGGGAGCUCACGGUGAAGGGCUACGCUUGGAGCGGAGGGGGGCGAAGGGUGAUCCGUGUCGAUGUUUCGCUGGAUGGUGGGAAGAGCUGGCACGUGGCCAAGCUCACCGGGAAGGAGCAGCUGCCUGGUCGAGCCUGGGCGUGGCAGCUGUGGCAGCUGGACGCCUGCGUGCCCGAAGGCACCAAAGAGAUGGACAUUGUCUGCAAGGCUGUGGAUGCCAGCUACAACGACCAGCCCAACACAGUGGCGCCCAUCUGGAACAUUUUGGGAGUGCUCAACAGCGCGUGGCAUCGGGUCCACGUCAUCGUGGGCGAGGAGUAA